AUGAUCAUUGCCGCUGGAUUUGUAGCAAAUCUUACAGGUGGGAGUAUUCUUCAGUCCGGUGCUUUUGAGAUGUUUAUGGAUGAUACGCUCAUCUUUUCAAAAUUGCAGCAGAAUAAAAUGUUGUCAGCCGUAGAUUUGGCAGAAAUUGUAAUUCAAGCGUUAGUCCAUGCGCCGGCAUAA